GAUCAUAAACACCGGCAGCCGUGGCAGAUGUCAAAACUGAUGCAAUUAGUCUGCAUACAGCUGGCAAAACAGUUAUCAUAUUAUUGCAACGAAAGUUUUAAAUUUGCAAGAUUAAUUUCCACCUCAGUUGUUGUCAAGAAAACCAUUCCAGGCUUUGGAACGAAGAGGCAGACGUUUUCAAUUCGGGGUGAAAUCAUGGAUCCAGCUGUUGAGGAACUUUUGACUCCAUAUCGUCAGUCUGUUAAAGAACAGGGUGAUCUUGUACGCAAGCUCAAGGAUGAAAAAGCGCCGGAUAUCGACUUGCAGAGGGCAGUAGCUGAGCUAAAGAAGCGAAAACACGCUCUUACUGAUAAGGAGUUUGAGCUGUCUCCAAAGGAUAAUUUUGACCGAGCCAAGAUGGAGGAUCUGUUGAAACAGAAGUUCUUCUAUGACCAGUCAUUUGCAAUCUAUGGAGGCAUCAAUGGUCUCUAUGACUUUGGUCCAAUGGGCUGCGCUGUUAAGGCAAACCUUCUACAAGCAUGGAGAAAUUUCUUCGUUCUCGAAGAAAAUCUGCUGGAAGUUGAUACUGCUGUGUUGACACCAGAAACCGUCCUCAAGGCCUCUGGACAUGUUGAAAGAUUCCAAGAUUACAUGGUUAAGGACUUGAAGAACGGGGAGUGUUUCCGGGCCGACCAUCUCAUAGAGAACACAUUUGAGAAGAUGUUGUCCGAUAAGAAAGUGACUGAAGAUAUCAAGGCAGAAAUUAGGUCCAUUCUUCCUACAGUUGACAAUAUGAGCAAAGAUGAGAUGGGGGAAACAUUGAAGAGGUUCAGCAUAAAGUCUCCUGUUACCGGGAACGACAUAUCUGAUCCCCUCGAGUUUAACCUUAUGUUCUCCACAGCUAUCGGGCCUACAGGAACUGUCAAAGGGUAUCUCCGUCCAGAAACAGCUCAGGGUAUAUUUGUCAACUUCAAGCGUCUACUGGAGUUCAACGGGGGCAAGCUGCCAUUUGGAGGAGCGCAGAUAGGGGCGGCAUUCAGAAACGAGAUCUCACCAAGAUCUGGGCUUAUACGUGUCAGAGAGUUCGCAAUGGCUGAGAUAGAGUAUUUUAUGGAUCCGAAAGAGAAGGAAACAUUUUACAAGUUCGAGAAUGUUCGUGACCUCAAAGUGACCUUGCUGUCGGCGUGUAAACAGAUGGAGGGCAAGGCACCAGAUGUGAAAUCUCUCGGGGACGCUGUGAAAGAUGGCACUAUAGCCAACGAGUCGCUGGCCUACUUCAUGGGACGUAUCUACAUGUUCCUGAUGAAAGUUGGUAUUGAUAACAACAAGUUCCGGUUCCGACAACAUCUCGCUAAUGAGAUGGCUCACUACGCCUGUGACUGUUGGGAUGCCGAGAUGAAAACUUCUUAUGGUUGGAUAGAGUGUGUAGGUUGUGCUGACAGGUCGUGUUACGAUCUCCUCUGUCAUCAGAAGGCUACGGGGAUGAAACUGGUCGCCGAGAGAAAAUUAGCAGAACCUAAGAUGAUCCAGGUUGUGGAAUGUAAGGUGAACAAAGGUGUCAUCGGCAAGGUGUUCAAGAAAGAUGCCAAGGUCGUCACUGACUACCUUACUACUCUCGAGUCCGAAGGAGUUGACACAUUGGAUCGUUCACUGCAGGAAAAUGGGGAAGCAGAGAUAACUGUGAAGGACCAGAAAUACACUUUGAAGAAAGACAUGAUCACAGUGUCUAGAUUUGAGAAGAAAGUGCAUGUUGAAGAGUUUAACCCGUCUGUGAUAGAGCCCUCGUUCGGUAUUGGGAGAGUCAUGUACUCGCUUUUCGAGCACAACUUCAAGAUUCGAGAAGGAGAUGAACAACGAUCGUACUUGUCACUGCCACCCAUAAUUGCCCCCUACAAGUGUUCAGUGCUACCGCUCUCAAACAACGCUGAUCUUCUGCCUUUUGUUUCACAGCUGUCCAAGGACCUCCUGAAGCACGACAUCUCACAUAAAGUGGACAGCUCUAGUGGGUCAAUAGGACGCCGAUAUGCGCGGACGGACGCAAUCGCCAUCCCAUACGGCAUUACUGUGGACUUUGACACGCUGAAGGACCCACACACAGCAACGCUUAGAGAACGAGACACUAUGAAACAGAUCAGGGCUCCACUAUCUGAGCUAGCCGAGAUUGUUCGAGACCUCUCCCAGCAACGACGAACCUGGGAGGACAUUCUAAAUAACUACCCCAUCUUUGAACAACAGGAGUCAACGAAAUAGUCCCCGUGUAAACAGUGUCCACAAACAAGUUACCAUAGAAACAGUGUCAGAGGAUCAGAAAUUCACAAACUCUUCCUGAAAUUCGACGAAUAAGGAAUCUAUGAAAAUAGUCUCCAUGGCAAACAAUUUCCAAUAAUAGUAACCAUGGCAAUUAAGAGACAAAAUAACAGAAAUUCUGAACAACUACCUGACCUUAGAACAACGGGACUCUACCAAAUAGUUGCCAUGGCAAAGGUUUCAAAAAUAAAUAUUUUCAAUUACAAAAAAAUAACAGUGUAAAUAAUAACUGACAAUUUCAAUAACGCCUGUUAUUUUAACAAUGUUGGCUUUUUGCAAAGGCAGAAACUGCGUUCUGUAGGACAAUAAGAGAGUGCUUAAGCAGCAAUGACACGCUUUUUGUAAUUGUUUAAGCAACGCACCCCUGAAGUUUACUAUAUGUAAAUGUAUUUGCCAUGGAAACAGUGUUGUGAUAAGAGUGGUUGCCAUGGAAACGUGUUUGCAACAGUCCCAUUGAUGAUUAAUAUAAGUGCUGUCAUAUAAAUACUCUUCAGAUUUGUAAAUUUAAUUUUGUGUAUUAUUUUUUCUGAGUUAUUUGUUAUAAACUUUAUCAAAGCAAAAAUAUAUACUGCUUAGAUUUUACAAAAUAUUAAAUUCAUGGAUAUGCAUGUAUUUUUAUAAAGAAGGCUUGUGAAUAAUUGUUUUGGAUUGCAGCCCUGACAAUAAAUCAAUCUGUUGUUAUCACACAGGGUUCUUUAUGAUAUAUAUAGGGUAAAAAAAAUCGAGAGGAACCCCAGUGGUUGUUAUAAUGAUAAAUUCAAUGUUUUAUCAAUGCCGAGUAACCAACUUUUCUUUUUAUUAAGUAAUUUUAUUGUUGUUUUUUUUAUCAACGGUAACAGGAAAAAAACAAUUAUGAAGAUAAAUCACGUUUUGAAUGAAUCUCAUAACUAUAUAUGAUAGUAGCCUAGAUUUUCGGUGAUGGGAUCUUUUUGAACAAAAUAUCUCCUUAAAGUACUUCAGAUUAAAUUUCCAGGGUUCCCUCUGGGUUGUGAAAUUGUUGCCACUUUUCCGCCGGGGGUUAAGAGGGCCGAGGGAGGCAAAGCCCCCCUGAAGCUCCUGGGGUUUAAGCAUUUUAAGAGCCUAAGAUUGCAUUUAAACAUACCUAAACAUUUUAAUAUAAGACAGACAAAAAGUAGGACUAUCAUUAAAUUUUUAUUAUAUGAAUUACACAUUUAAUUAGCACAUUUUAUUAGCACAUUGUCAUUGAAAAACACUUAUUUUAUUGUAUAAGAAGCACAUAUUAUUAGUACUUUGUCAUUCAACAACAUAUCAUUUUUAUUGACAAAUAAAUGGGCUUAAAGUUAUUAAAUACAAAAACAAUUCUCAAAAUAUUGAAAAAAAAUCCUGCAUACAAUAGUGUCAUAAAAUUAUUUCUUUUAUUUCUGUUAAUUUUCACAGUUUAAAAAAAAUUGGCAAUAAUUGUUCUCUUAUUUACGAUCUAGAUAUUUUGCAUUGAAUUUAAGCUAGAUAUAUUUAGAUGAUAACAACAACAAAAAGUUAAUGA